AUGUUAUCUCUAUUAUUCAUCCUUAUUAUUCAACAUAUUUCAGCUCAAUCACAUUUAACAUCUAAUCAAACACGUUUCGAAGUUGAACUAUUAAAUAGACUUGAAUUUGAACAUGAAGCUAAAGUAGUUGGUCAUGGUGGACAUUAUCAUUUUACAAUAUUCAAUACAAGUUACGCUAGAAAUGUAUUAAAUAUCAGUUCGUAUUAUCUAUCGAUAACUUAUAUCGAUAAACAAUCACGUGAAGAACGACUUGAUACGGUUGAGUUGCCUCCAGAGGAAGUUCACUAUAAGGGCACGCUAAAAAUGGAACAUUUAGAAGCCGAAGGCAACUAUUUAAUAUGUGUAUUAUUUCUUAAAAAUAAUCGAUCAGGUUUAAUUGGUUCAAGUCGUUUUUGUCAUGUUGUUUCAGUGGCAGACACAUGCCAAUUGGACGAAUUAAAAGUAUCAUUUGAUAAUCAACCUGUUUAUCUUCUAAUUAUUUUAGUUGUUGUUAUAUUAGCUGCUAUUGUUAUAUUUUCAUUUGUACGUGCUUAUAUAUAUCGACCACGUACCAUUGAAGAUUAUUUAAGUAAACUACCUGAUGUUCACAAAGAAAAUUUACAAGAUCUUGCCGGUCCGCGUAUUAUUUCACGAUUAAGACAUGUAAAUCCAGCAUUGGAUCAACUUUUGCAAAAUGGCUCAAUUUGUACGAUUAUUUCUGACGAUGAAAAUCAACCAUCAAAUCAACAUGUCUAUACAAAUGCAUCAUUAGAUACUAUAGCCGAAUGA